AGAGAGAGAGAGAGAGAGAGAGAGGGGGGAGGGGGGUGUCCCGUCUGCUCGGAGCACAGACGGACAGCAGGGAACAGCUGCAGCAGCAUUUAGUUCGCGUAGGAUUUCACUGCACUGCGACUAAAAUACCGAUUCUUUCGUCCCCCCUAAACCCGGCGGAGCAGCUCGGCAAAAACAACCAAAUCUGAUCAAAAAUGGUUGAUCGCGAGCAGCUGGUGCAGAAAGCCAGGCUGGCUGAGCAGGCUGAGAGAUACGACGAUAUGGCAGCUGCUAUGAAAUCGGUAACAGAGUUAAACGAAGCCUUGUCCAACGAAGAGAGGAACCUUUUGUCUGUGGCCUAUAAAAAUGUGGUAGGGGCCCGUCGUUCUUCUUGGAGGGUGAUCUCCAGCAUUGAGCAGAAAACCUCAGCCGAUGGCAAUGAAAAGAAGAUCGAGAUGGUCCGGGCUUACCGGGAGAAGAUUGAGAAAGAGCUGGAGGCUGUGUGCCAGGAUGUGCUCAACCUUCUGGACAACUUCCUCAUCAAGAAUUGCAGUGACACGCAGCAUGAGAGUAAGGUGUUCUACCUGAAGAUGAAGGGCGACUACUACCGGUACCUGGCAGAGGUGGCCACAGGGGAGAAGAGAGCCACUGUGGUGGAGUCUUCGGAGAAGGCCUACAAUGAAGCCCAUGAGAUCAGCAAAGAGCACAUGCAGCCCACCCACCCCAUCCGCCUGGGCUUAGCUCUCAACUACUCUGUGUUUUACUAUGAGAUCCAGAAUGCCCCGGAGCAGGCCUGUCAUCUGGCCAAGACCGCCUUUGAUGACGCCAUCGCUGAGCUCGACACCCUCAACGAGGACUCCUACAAAGACUCCACUCUCAUCAUGCAGCUGCUUCGAGACAACUUGACACUGUGGACAAGUGACCAGCAGGAUGACGAGGGAGGGGAGGGAAACAAUUAAAGAGAAACCACACUUCGAAAAAAUAUGAAAGGCCGGUGGACUUUGGCAGCCGCUUUUGCCGAUGAUACUACCGCAGCAGCAGUUCUUUAUUUUUCCAUGUGUUAAAAGAAAAGAAUCAAAAGAGAGGUGAGAGUGGAGGUUAAAUCUUAGUUUAAAUAUAUAUAGAAAUAUAUAUGCUGUUGAAAGGGCCUCCGUCUUCUUGAUUUUCUCUUUGACAUUUGCCAAAACCACUGAUAUGUCAAUCGAUCAGCCUUAAGUGGUUGUUGUUGGAUUGAAAUGGCAGCCUCACACUGGCAUAGGAACUGAUCUUGCUCUAUCAAGAUAAGCUGCUUAGUUAGGUUUUUUGUGUGAUAGAGAUGCAUUUGAAUCACUUGAGAGAAAGAAAUGCUUGAACGGGAAUGCCUCACUAAAAUAGUUUGCGUUGGUUGCAGUCGUAGUCUGUGUCAGCACGGGCCCCGAAAGCCAUCAAAGUCAAUCUCAUGACUCCAAUGAGAAAAAGAAAGGUUUUAAACCGAUAAAUUUCCCUACCUGUUUAAAGUUAAAUCACGUGGAUGUGGAAGAAGUCAGCUUAUUGCUUAAUUCCGGCCUGCCUAAAGCGUAUUUGGCAUGUCAUAGAAUAAUCUGUUAUCUACGCCAACUGUGUCACUGGAACCAUCAAUUCUUUUGGAGGUGAAGAUUACUGAAGGCAGAGACUUAAUAAUAUUCAACAAAAAGGAAAAAAAUAAAAAUAAAAGCAGCUUCAGAGUUUGUGGUUUACUUCUGUGUUUGUUUUAUUAAAUGCACUUGCCUACUAUACUGUUUCUUCAGUGUAAGAUGAUGAUAACAAUAAUAUCGAUUAUUCAAUAUUGUGCAUGCUGGUGAUGUAUUUAUAUACAGUAGCUUGACUUUAUUAACUUAUACUGUGGGUGUUAAGUAUUCAUAUGAUUGAGAAAACAGGCUGUCUGAUGUUAUUUUCUAAUUUAUUUUGUUUUAUUAUGGUUUUGAUUUGCUAUACCAAAAUGGUGAUCGUAAAAAUUGACCUGUAAUGGGCGUUGCUAUAGUGACAUGCAAUAUGUGUAUUUAAUUUGUUCAUGGAUGAAAAAAGAAAAAAAGGAAGACAAAACCCCCCCACCAGUGCUCACUUAAUCCUACCAGCUGGUGUUUGUCACAUUGAAGUAUGGUCUAUUUUGUUCUUUGAACAGUAUUUAAAUACUUUUUCUGUCAUGCUAUCCAGUUUUAAUAAUGGUGACGUUUUCAGGCUCAAUGUUUCUGUUAUGAAUUCACAACAUGGACCAUAUUUUAUUUCUGACAGUAUACGUUUUUAUUUGUUUUUAUACCUUUUAGCUGUUCCUGAGUGACAAAAUAUCUUGAAUGUGAGUCAUUAUGUAGCAGUUGCACAAGAACCGAAAUAAUAGCUAUGAUAAUAAAAAAGAAAAUGACUAAAUUAUAAAUGCACCAUUUCCAUGGUGGUCUAGUGUAUUGUAUUGUCACCCAUGAGUAAAUAUGUUUGAAAGAAAAACCAUUUCAUAGAAAAUGUUUUGACAUUUCUUUUGUGACUCAGUACACCAUGUGCUUUCUUUUUGUGCCUGUAUUACUAUUUCAUUACACUUCAUUUACAACUAUACUGUUGGGAAAAAAAAUCUCUGCCAGUACUUAAGAUGCCACAAGCUUGUGUGAAAGUUCUAGUAUUGUUUUCUCAUCAUCAAUUUGCCAUUUACAUGUGUGGGUAUGUCUGUCUAUGCAGCACAUGGAUAUGAAUAUUCAACACCAACGCACAAAUAAACUCACAAGGAAACCGUA